AUGCCUAGAAUAAGGAAGCAGACGUCUAAUCGUAAAACGACCCGAGACAGGGCAAAGAUCCACAAGAAGUCUGUUGACAACAAGAGGAAAACGAAGAAGGCAGCCAAGAAGGAUCAGACAUGGAAGUCUAAAAAGAAGCAAGAUCCGGGGAUUCCCAAUAGUUUCCCAUUCAAAGAUCAAAUUCUCGCCGAAUUAGCUGAAGAGCGACGAAAGGCCGAAGAAGAGAAGAUUGCUCGAAGGGAAGCUGCUAAAGCCGCCAAGCUUGCACCACCACAAGAAGAAGCUGAAGGCGAUACACCUGGGAUCAUCUCGCUAUCAGGGGCAGUCCUCUCUCGAACUGCCCCUUUGUCAGCCAUUGCUGAACCAUCAACAUCCAGCUUUGUCGCUGCAGAUGUCCCUGACUUGAUUGACACUGCUCUUGCUACCCUUACGGACGUGAUUGACCGAGCAGAUGUCAUUUGUGAAGUCGUAGAUGCAAGGGAUAUAUUGGGUGGUAGAAGUGGUCACGUUGAAAGCUUGGUGAAAGAGGCUGAGGGAAGAGUGGUUCUUCUUGUUAACAAGAUAGACCUCGUACCAAAGGAAGCUCUCGCAUCAUGGUUAGCCAAACUCGACAUCCCUGCGUUCCUAUUCAAAUCCUCUUUACCUUCUCCGCCAACCUCUUCUGCAUCUUCAUCUAAAACUCCUUCAUCAUCUUCUUUGCCCUUACACUCGUCAUUAGGUAAAGACGAGUUUUUCAAAGCUAUUAAGCAAUGGUCAUCCGAAAAACAAUCGAAAUCAAGAUCAAAAUCGGGUUCAAAAUCCAAAUCUAAGGAGCCUGUCGAACCUCUAGUAAUCGCCUUUAUGGGUCUACCAUCUGUAGGGAAAACCUCAAUCUUGAAUUCGUUGCUCUCGCCCAAACAACCCAAACAUGCUGUCGCGCCUUACAUCCCAACCGCAACCUCCGCUAAGAUACCCGAACCUAAGACCAAGGCUCCCGUCGAGGUGGAGAUUGAAGUUGAUGGUGAGAAGGUCAGGGUGAUCGACACUCCAGGAUGGGAAUACGCUGAAGAUGAUGAUUCCGAGGAUGAAGAUCAGGACGACGAAGAUGAAGAGGAAGUGAACCCGGAGAAGUGGGAUGCAUUGGAAGCUAGGUUAGCAGGUGACCUUCUACGAAGAAAUUUGGGUAGGGUAGAUAAAGUCAAGGAUGCGUUUCCACUAGUCAAUUACAUCAUAAAACGAUCAAAUCACCAAGAUCUCAUGUUGGCUUACAACGUACCUUUCUUCGAGGCCGGGGACGUAGAGGCUUUCUUGACUGGAGUUGCUCGUGCUCAAGGACGGAUCAAGAAGCACGGUACACCAGAUCUUGAAGCUGCCGCCAGGGUGAUACUUCGAGACUGGGCAUUCAACACUUUCCCAUAUUACACUACUGCUCCAAAAUCAUUGUCAGCCACGAAAGUGGAAUAUGACAUGUCAUCUGUGUUGGAGAAGUGUAAGUCCAAGAGGGAUUUGAAGAAGGAGAACCCAAAAGGUCUGGUCAGGUUCAAGGGGGCUGAGGGAGUCGAUAAACGUGAUAUUAUCUUGGAUGAUGAUUACACCGCUAUGGCUGGUCCCUCUGAAGAUGAGGAAGAUGAAGAUGAAGAUGAAGAUGACGAUGAGGACGAGGACGAGGAUGACGAAGACGAAGAAGAUGACGAUGAAGGAAUACUGAUAGGAUCUGACGAAGGUGAAGAGCUAGAACUGGAAGAUGGCCCUGAACCAUCAUCAGGAUCUGAUCCCGAGGAAGAUGAGGAGGAUGAAGAAGAAGAGGAUGAGGAGGAAAGUGAACCUGAGCCUGAGCCUGUAGCUGCCAAGAAAAGAAAGAGGGCAUCUUUGCCUGCUCCUUCAAAGAAGGUCAAGAGGGUAUCUUUCGCUAAAGAGGAGAAACCACUAAAAGGUAUUUUGAAGCGAAAGAGGAAUUAG